AUGAACCAGCAGCUGGAUGCUCCGCGGCCAAUCAACUGGACCAUUAGGAAACUGUGCGCUGCAGCCUUCCUACCAUCUGUACGCCUGCUCAAGGCACAGAAAUCGUGGAUCGAGAGAGCCUUCAACAAGAGAGAAUGUGUUCAUAUCAUAGUGAGUGCCAAAGACCCCCAUAGGUGCUGCUGUGGCCGUCUAAUUGGUCAGCACGUUGGCCUGCCCCCCGGCAUCUCCUCCAGUCAGAAUGACAAGACGGAGCGUCUGGCUAAGAAUGACAGCCUAUCAGAGAAAUGGUCAAUCAGCAAACACACCCAGCUCAGCCCCACCGACGCCUUCGGAACCAUUGAGUUCCAGGGAGGGGGCCACUCCAACAAAGCCAUGUAUGUGCGUGUGUCCUACGACACCAAGCCAGACCUCCUGCUGCACCUGAUGACCAAGGAGUGGCAGCUGGACCUUCCCAAGCUGCUCAUCUCGGUGCAUGGGGGCCUGCAGAACUUUGAGUUGCAGCCCAAACUCAAACAGGUCUUUGGCAAGGGCCUCAUCAAGGCUGCAAUGACAACCGGAGCCUGGAUCUUCACCGGCGGGGUCAACACAGGGGUGAUCCGGCAUGUGGGUGAUGCGCUAAAGGACCAUGCCUCUAAAUCUCGGGGGAAGAUCUGCACUAUUGGCAUCGCCCCCUGGGGCAUCGUGGAGAACCAGGAGGACCUGGUGGGAAAAGACGUGGUCCGACCAUACCAGACCAUGUCCAACCCACUGAGCAAGCUGACCGUGCUCAACAGCCUGCACUCACACUUCAUCCUGGCCGAUAAUGGGACCACAGGGAAGUACGGUGCUGAGGUCAAACUUCGCAGACAGCUGGAGAAACACAUCUCCCUGCAGAAGAUCAACACACGUAUUGGUCAGGGAGUGCCGGUGGUGGCUCUGAUAGUGGAGGGGGGUCCUAAUGUAAUCUCCAUCGUGUUGGAGUACCUGAGGGACACUCCGCCUGUCCCCGUGGUGGUGUGUGACGGGAGCGGGCGUGCCUCAGACAUCCUGGCAUUUGGACACAAGUACUCCGAGGAGGGAGGGAUCAUAAAUGAGACUCUGAGGGACCAGUUGCUGGUGACCAUACAGAAGACAUUCACGUACAGCCGGACCCAAGCCCAACACCUCUUCAUCAUCCUCAUGGAAUGCAUGAAGAAGAAGGAGUUGAUAACCGUUUUUCGGAUGGGGUCUGAGGGACACCAGGACAUUGACCUGGCCAUUCUCACUGCUCUGCUUAAAGGAGCCAACGCAUCGGCUCCUGACCAGCUCAGCCUGGCCCUGGCCUGGAACCGAGUGGACAUCGCCCGCAGUCAGAUCUUCAUCUACGGACAACAGUGGCCUGUGGGUUCUCUGGAGCAGUCUAUGCUGGAUGCCCUGGUGCUGGACAGAGUGGACUUCGUCAAGCUGCUGAUCGAGAACGGAGUGAGCAUGCAUCGCUUCCUCACUCUCUCCAGACUGGAGGAGCUCUACAACACGAGGCAUGGACCAUCCAACACUCUAUACCACCUGGUCAGAGACGUCAAAAAGGGUAACCUCCCACCAGAUUACCGCAUUAGUCUCAUUGACAUUGGAUUGGUCAUCGAGUACUUGAUGGGCGGAGCUUACCGAUGCAACUACACCAGGAAGAGGUUUAGAACGCUGUAUCAUAACCUCUUUGGACCCAAACGACCCAAAGCCCUGAAACUGCUGGGGAUGGAGGAUGACAUGCCGAUCCGAAGGGGUCGUCAGAAGACUACACGGAAGCGGGAGGAGGAGGUGGACAUUGACCUGGAUGACCCUGAGAUAAACCACUUCCACUUCCCCUUCCAUGAGUUGAUGGUGUGGGCCGUGCUGAUGAAGAGACAGAAGAUGGCACUGUUCUUCUGGCAGCACGGGGAGGAGGCCAUGGCUAAAGCCCUGGUGGCCUGUAAGCUGUGUAAGGCCAUGGCCCACGAGGCCUCCGAGAAUGACAUGGUGGACGACAUCUCACAGGAGCUCAACCAUAACUCCAGUGAGUUUGGCCAGCUAGCCGUUGAGCUGCUGGACCAGUCUUACAAGCAGGAUGAGCAGAUGGCCAUGAAGCUGCUAACCUACGAGCUGAAGAACUGGAGUAACGCCACCUGCCUUCAGCUGGCUGUGGCCGCCAAGCACCGCGACUUCAUCGCCCACACUUGCAGCCAGAUGCUGCUCACCGACAUGUGGAUGGGACGGCUGCGCAUGCGCAAGAACUCUGGACUUAAGGUGAUCUUGGGCCUGCUGCUGCCUCCAUCCAUCCUGAGUCUGGAGUUCAAGAACAAGGAUGAGAUGUCGUACAUGCCCCAGGACCAGGACACCUACCUGCAGGAGAAGGAGGAGGAGCCUGAGAAGCCUGCCAAUGAGAAGGAAGAAGAGGACAUGGAGUUCACAGUAAGAUCCUACUGUGAGACGCAGUACAACUCCGUGGCCAUGCUGGGUAAGGUAAGCACGGAGGCGUCUCGUAAGAAGGGCGUGGGGGAGGUCCAGAAUAGACACCGGCUCAUCCCCAUGGGCCGGAAGAUCUACGAGUUUUACAACGCCCCCAUCGUCAAGUUCUGGUUUCACACAAUGGCCUAUGUGGCGUACCUGAUGCUGUUCAACUAUAUUGUGCUGGUGAAGAUGGACCUGUGGCCCUCACCGCAGGAGUGGAUAGUCAUCGCUUACAUCUUCACCAAUGGCAUCGAGAAGAUGAGAGAGAUUCUGAUGUCGGAGCCGGGGAAGCUGUUGCAGAAGGUAAAGGUGUGGCUCCAGGAGUACUGGAACAUCACGGACCUCAUGGCCAUCCUCAUCUUCUCUGUGGGCAUGGUGCUCCGCCUCCAGGAGCCGCCCCUCAUGAGUUACGGCCGGGUCAUCUACUGCGUUAACAUCAUCUAUUGGUACAUCCGGCUGCUCGACAUCUUUGGCGUCAACAAAUACCUGGGUCCCUAUGUCAUGAUGAUCGGCAAGAUGAUGAUUGACAUGAUGUACUUUGUGAUCAUCAUGCUGGUAGUGUUGAUGAGUUUCGGAGUGGCCAGGCAGGCCAUCCUGAAUCCCAAUGAGGACCCAUCCUGGAUGCUGGCUCGGAACAUCUUCUUCAUGCCUUACUGGAUGAUCUAUGGAGAGGUGUUCGCUGAUCAGAUCGACCCUCCAUGUGGCCAGAAUAUCACCACAGAGGACGGGCAUGUUGUGGCUCUGCCGCCCUGUAAGACGGGAGCCUGGAUCGUUCCUGCCAUCAUGGCAUGCUACCUUCUGGUGGCCAACAUCCUGUUGGUCAACCUGCUCAUCGCUGUUUUCAACAACACCUUCUUUGAGGUGAAGUCCAUCUCCAACCAGGUGUGGAAGUUCCAGAGGUACCAGCUCAUCAUGACCUUCUACGAGCGGCCCAUCCUCCCCCCUCCCCUCAUCAUCUUCAGUCACAUGACCAUGGUCCUCAAGCACCUGUGCUGUCGCUGGCGGAAGCACGACGAUGACGAGAGAGACUAUGGCCUGAAGCUCUUCAUCACUGAAGACGAGCUGAAGAAAGUGCAUGACUUUGAGGAGCAGUGCAUCGAGGAGUACUUCCGCGAGAAGGAUGACCGCUUCAACUCCUCAAAUGACGAGAGGAUCCGAGUGACAUCAGAGAGAGUGGAGAACAUGGCCAUGCGCCUGGAGGAGGUGAAUGAGAGAGAACACUUCAUGAAGUCAUCACUGCAGACCGUGGACAUACGGCUGGCCCAGAUGGAGGAGCUGAUUGGUCGGAUCGCUGUGGCUCUUGAGCGAGUCACGGGGGUGGAGCGGGGGGAGGUCAACAAGGCCCGCUCACGCACCUCCUCGGACUGCACAGACUCGGCCUACAUGCUGCGUCAGGGUGAGUGCCCAGAUGCGGCUUACAUCCUGCGCCAGAGCAGCUUCAACAGCCAAGAGGGGAACUCCUACCGGCUCAAUGAGGGUGCAGAGGGCUCCAUGUCUCCGCCCUCCCCCACCGGCCUGGCCACGCGCACACGCAGUCACUCCUUCUACGUGGGCGGAGGUCGUGAGCGAGCUGGGGCCGACAGGGCCGAAAGGGCCGACCGUUUCCUCAAGGAGCGCUCCUUCAGCCUGCACCGAGCCAAUAGCUCACAGUCGGUGGCCUCGGGUACCGCCCCCAAGGAGUCUAAGCCCCUCCCACUGGCCACGCUGUCCAUCUCCCAGCAGCACCGCCCCUCUUCCUGCAUCGACAUCUAUGUGUCGGCAUCCGAGGAGGCGGGGCCAGCCGAGGUCUUCUCGGAUCCGCUGAGGAUGGCACCUCCCCUCCGGCACGACUCUUCGCUCCACUCUGAGAUUAUGGAGGCGGUGCUGUCGAGCGGGAGGGACUACAGCGGAGGCAGCGGUUUGGGCGACAGACACUCGGAGGGUGGUGCCGUGUUCGAGGACAGCGCGGCUACAGACCUGUCGCUAUGCUCCGCCCACCUUCUCCCAGAUAACACCAUGCCGACCUGGGACCUGGACCCCUCCCCGCCCCCGUCAGCGGGACCACUGGAGCGCUCCAAGAGCAGCCGCUACCUGUCCACUGGCGGCAGGGGCUACCUAGAAGAGACUCAGCUGGUCAAAUCUCACAGCCUCAUGUUUACACCGCGAGGCUGCUACGGAGGCUUAGGGGCAGGGGUUCAGGUCAAAGCGGCUGAGUACACCAGCAUCACCGACUGCAUAGACACCAGGUGUGUCUCCGCCCCUUACUCCACCGCAGAGCGCUCCCACUCCCCCGGAGGCUCCACCUCAUUCCCCUUCAAUAAGCCCCCGGACUUGGGCUCCUCCCACCCAGAGCGCGAGGCCGAGCUCAGCCACACAGAGUCAGACCCUGAAGACCCAGAGGACCUGGCCCCGGCCCCCGAGCCCCAUCGCAUGGGGAGGGGCUUAAGAGGGGCGAGUGGGACCCCAUUCUGCUCGCCCUUCUCCAGGCUGGAACGAGCCAACAGCUGCUCCUCAGACGACUCCUCCCACCCAUCAUUGGCCCCUCCUUCACACAGAAAAAGCCUGUCGGUCAGUGAGAGGAUGGAGAGGGGUGCAGACCGUGGGGUUCUGGGGGGACCCAGGAACCCCUUCCUGAGGAGCAAGUCUGGGGCACGGCCCGACACCAAGACAGACAGCCUCUCCAUGAGAAAACUGACCACCCCCUCUGCGUUCAGCAGCUUCGACAGUAGACACAACUACACGUGA